CCUUGUCGAAUAACUUGACAGGGAAUGUCAGACCAGACAUUGACAAUUGAAUUGAUUGACAACAGUGAUUGUCACUGGUCACUGUUAAACAUAGAAGUUGCGAAAUUUAAAUUGUUGAUGGUUUGCAAGUCUUUGAUUUAUUAACUAGGUGGAAUUAAGCAUGCUUUUGGAUAGCAUUUUCUACAUUUGUAAAUUAUUUAAUGAAAUUUAGAAGUCCCAAAAGAAGAAAUCAUGUAAAAUUACGUAAAUUUGAUUAGCAAAGUAACACGAGAGUUCAUAAUAUAUUAGUGUUUAUUACAAACACCGUCAUGGCUACCAUAAAUUGGCGUUUUCAAUGGAGAGGAAUAUUUUCCAAUAUAAAAAAGUACAUAAUAUGGAAGUUAGCUCAGAUAAAAUUGACAAUGCAAUCUCUAACAUACAAUGAACACAUGAGCCAAAGUUAUGUGAUUGACUGUUUGCUGGAACCCAUAUUUUGGAUAGUGGACAAUUUUGCUGGUAAUCUAGGACAAGUGUUUGUUUUCUGUGUAACAGUUUUGACAACAGCUGUUGUGUUGAUUGCAUAUUGGAUUGGAUUGCCAUUUUGGUGGCAACGCGAUCCAUGUACUACUAUAUUUUUAGUACUAUUUGGUAAUUGGCUAUUACUUAACAUAAUAUUUCAUUAUUAUAAAGGAGUUACUACUUCCCCUGGUUAUCCCCCUCAUGGCACACUGAUAUCUGAAGCGGCCAGUAUUUGUAAGAAAUGUAUAUCACCAAAGCCACCUCGGACCCAUCACUGCUCAGUUUGUGAUCGAUGCAUCCUUGCUAUGGACCACCACUGUCCAUGGUUAAACAACUGUGUUGGCUACUACAAUGCUAGACAUUUCUUUCUCUAUAUGGUGUAUAUGGUCGCCGGAGUAUCUUUCUUAAUAAUUUUUGGAUUUGAAAUUGGAUUUCAAGUGCUAUGGUUGUAUGAUCCAAGUGCUGACAUUCCACAUAAUGAUCCUGAUCUAAUUGGUCAUCCAGUCCGAAUUAAUCAAACAGGAGCAUUGAUACCUAUUAAAGAAAUUGUAGAAUAUGAUUCCAUUAACUCUCCGAGGGAACAUAACCUACCUAUCCCAGUUAUAUCAGAGUUACAACUGAUAAGUAGUCAUCCUUGGAAACGGAAAGCAGUUAUUUUUGUGGCAGUUACUUCUUUAUCAGUAUUUUGUGCAUUAGGUACUUUAGUUAGGUGGCACGGGAAGAAUAUUAGCAGAGGAGAGACAAGUGUUGAAAGCCAUAUAAAUGCAAAAUUACGGAAAACAUCGAGACAUGUUUAUAGAAAUCCGUACGAUUUUGGUAGAAGAAAGAAUUGGAAGAUAUUUCUAGGGUUGGUCCAAGAUAGGACAUUUACUAGACAUGUCUUAUUGCCGUCUGGUCAUAAACCAUCUGGCACAGGAUUAACAUGGCAUACCAUACAUAAUGUAAUUGAAGACUGGCCAUAGAUUAUUAUUUUAUAUUAUACUGAAAUGUUGCUAAGUCACUUCUACUAGUUGUAAGAUUACAUUCCCUUAAAUAUGUAAGAAAUUUGAUAUUGUAAGGCUUAAUAUUUAAUAAUUUAUACCAGUAGUAAUUUAAUCACCAUUAAUCUAACUUCUAACUAAUAUUAUAAAUGUGAAAGUUUAGAUGGACGGAUGGAUGUUUGUUAGAGUUUGUAACCUAAACGGCU